AUGAAAUUUAAUAAGACAUACCCGGAAAAUACCAGCAUGCGAAGUUUUGAUGUCGUUUCUUUUGGUUCAACACUUUCUGUGACAUCCAACAACAGCAAGAAAGAUUGUUGGGAUUGCAGUCAGAGUGAUCCACCUCGUUGCUGGUGCUCCAGGCAGUGCUGCUGGAUCUCUAUUGUGAUGCUGUUAUUGGGAGUUACUGCUGCUGCUCUGGCAUGUGCUGUGGUCUUUGGCAUUCCAAAAAAUAUUCAAGACAGAUUUUGUAUAACUGCAAAUAAUCAUUCAGGAUUCCUGUGUGAUGACCGUGUCACCUGUUUGCAAUCUUCUCAAGUUUGCCACAGGAUCGAGGAUUGUUUGGACAAUGCUCAUGAACCUGCAAUGUGCAGUGACUUGCCGCACAAUCUACCAAGCUAUCUUGUGUUUAGAUGUGGCAAUCCUAAUUCAUGGAUUUACACUGACCAAGUGUGUAAUGGGUUCAACAACUGUGGAGAUUGCUCAGAUGAAUCAGGACCACGUGAGCAUUGAUUCUUAUCAGAAUCCAGUAAAUCAAUAACAACCUAGGGAUAUUUUUUAAAAAAGUGUUUUGAGUUUGUUGCAACGUUUUAAGAAAAUAGUUAAACAAUAUUUCUGAUGCAUUAGAAACUCUUCCACACAGCUGGAAAGGGACGUUGUUUCAGGGCACUGCACUUUGGCUGGGGAAGGUAUAUGUGGGGUAUGGCAAUAAGAUCGUUCUCGAUAGGUUGUUAGUUAACACACUAGCAGCUGGAGAAUGUAUUUCCUUCUGCUUAUGUCCUUGGGGUGCUGCAUGAGUAAGACUGGUGUGGAAAACAUGAGUGCCCCCAUUUAUGAGCUUGCAACUAUCUCCAAUUAAGGUUUUAUGGCAUAUCUAACCGUACUAUAUGCAAUCUCAAGUAUUUGAUAUAGUUAAUAGUUCUUAAACAUAACAACUGUUUCUAGCCCUAAAUGUCACCUGACCAUCUGCAGCACAUUUUCUAUGUUAAGAUUUAAAUAUGGUUGAUGUCAAACUAUUGCUAUAUUUUUGGAUCUAAUUUUAAUUUCAGUGUCCAACUGUCUUCCGUGUGGGCCACAGUACUGGAGCUGCAAAUCUGUUGUCUCUCAGUACUGUAACUGCAUUCCCAGAGAACUGUGCAGGGAUGAUGUACAACACUGUGUGGAUUGGUCAGAUGAGUACACCUGUCCUGCAAACUGAUGUCAGAAGUGGGAAGGAAUAGCAUAACACCAAGGGUGAUGACAGCCUGAGUAUCAGUAAUCCCAUAUUGCUUAACAAGGACAGCAGAUUUCUGUUUUGUGCUUCUUUUAUCUACAAAAUGCAUCUUUGACCUGCAAAUGGCUUUGGAAAUUACGGCAUCUCACUGCAUACACUAUAUUUUAAGCUGUUACAGACUCAAACUUACACAGAUGCAAGCAUCCAUCCCAUUCUUGUGAAACAGUUGUGCAGCAUUAUUGUCUAUUAAAAUGGUAUCUAUGUUCAAACUCUCCAGCAUAACAAGAAUCAAUGUUACUUAAACUGUAAUUGGUUUGUGCCUUUUUCCCCCUAUUGUUGUUAUAUUUCACAAUUGCAUAUUCUGUGCUUUUUUUUACUUGUAUUGUCAAGCUUCCUUGAAAUACACAUUCAUUACAUGAAAUGUCUUUUGAUGGGAAACAGUAGUUUAAAAAAAACUUAAGUUUUCUGUAUGUGAGAUUAUAAUUGUUCUGCCAGGCAACAGUGUAUACAGUUGGAGGUCAUAAUGUGGGCGGCACGGUGGUUAGCACUGCUGCCUCACAGCGCCAGAGACCCGGGUUCAAU